UCCGUCACGGGUGCGUGUUACGGCCUGAGGGUUUCCCCGGUUGGCUUGCGAGUGCCGGCCAGCUUCCAUCCAGGAUAUAUCUCCCAUUAUUGGACAGAGGAUCAGAGGGCUAACUACCACAGCAGCUGCAAUGUUCUAGGUCUCUCGGAUUGCGACCCAGCUGGGCCCUGGUUUGGGCCGCAUAGGCAUUUCCUUCGUCUCGUUUCAAUCAACUUCAUCCAUCACACCGACACCGACACACGACAACAACCUACAUCGUCGACCUCCCAUCCCAGCUCACCGGGACCCAAGCUCCUGCGCCAUCCCAUCGCCGUCCGAACAUCUCGCGACUUCCCCGAUGAGCAUUGCUGCCGCCAAUGGCAACAACACCUUUUGAUCCCCCUCUACCGGGCUCUUCAUUCUUCGAUAUCUACAACGAUGGCGCUGCCCAGCGCAAUCCCGUUCCACUCCCUGGAGGAGCAUGCAACUAUGUGGACUUAACACCUGGCGCCAACGGAGCCAAGUGCGGAUGCCGUCGAUUCUGGAGUCGCUUCGCCGCCGGUAAGGCAUAUACGGAUAGCCUGGGAUCUGAUAACUCCGUCUGGUGCAUGUGUUCGCAUCACGCCUGCUUUCACGAUGACGGACGCGCCGCGAGCGAGGCUCCAGCACCCGCGCCCGUGUCUGCGCCCACCCCCGCACCUAUCGCCCACGUCCCUCGCCAGGAGAACGAGAGACCAAGGAUGUCCAGGGAGCCACUCAGCCCGGUACAAUUGCCAGAUAUGUCGUUUCGUAUGCCCACCGGAUUUCCCCCGACUACGGAUUUCAUGAACCUGGAUACUGCCAUGGCGAUAUCUCCGAGCAAGCCCGAGGAACCAAGGACCCGUCACAUGGAUCAUAUUAGCCAGCGUCCAGAGUCUACUUUACAGGAUACGUUAAGCUGGGGCGAUUUCAUCCAGUCCCAGCCCGGAAAUGGUUCUACUUCAUUACCACCAAUACCAGCACAAUGCUUAAUGCAAUCUCAGCCCAGUUCUACGACAUCUUCUAGCCAAGCACGCUAUCUUCGUCCAUUCUCUGGGAAAGGCCUCCAAACACUUAGUGGUGUUGCUACUUCUAACGUGCAAUCUCUACGGAAGGAUAGAUUCCAGGAUGCCAACACUUCUGCUCCACAGGAUCAACUCACCAAGGACAACGCCAGCGCAAUGAUUGUUCACAGUGAUCAUGGUGCAGACACUCCAAGGGCUCUGUCUCCCUGCGUCCGAAAGGAGGAUGCUGUUUUUGCCGGACCUUCCCGCGAUACGUUUCGCCAUAUAUCGGAUACAGUUCAAGGUCAUGAACACCGGCUCGAGAGACUGGAAAAUGAUUCAUUCUCCGCUGCCGGGCACGAUGAGUGUCAUGAGAAGCAUGACGCCACGGAUCUCCGCGUGACUGACCUUGAGGUCCGCUUCGAGGAAGUUGAAAAGCUCAUUAAUGAUAACGGCAGUGUUGUAGGUCGCCUCGCCGACCGACAGACGUUUGACGAAUCGACCAACAGCGUUGUUUCAGUCGCUACAAGUACGACUACCGCGCGAGCCGGCCAUUCUGGCGAAAUCAUUAGCCAGAUGCAGAUGCUGCAGUCUCAGAUCCUCCAGCUUCAGUCACAGCUUCCCACACUUACUCGGCCUUGGGAAAUCGAAGUCGUGUUUCUACCUUUUCCGUUGAGGAGGGUCUGGGUAGAGCUUCAGGAUUUCAAAUCCGACGGUCCUUCGAGCUUGGAUGAAUGGACUCAGAUGCCCAACACCAUGAGCUCUCACACACUUAGAGCACAGUCACCUUUCUGCGCAGAAUGGGCCGAUCCAGGACAUGACUACGCGUGGUUGAUGGCAAAGGCCUGUAGUCCUACUAGUAUCAUCAACAGCAGACUCAAAAGCCGCGGCCUAGUGCGUACCAUUUCUGUCAGAGGGUCAGACGCACGAAGUGUCCAGGCAGCGAUCCAUACUGCAUUUGGUACCACCUUCACCGAACUCUCUCGCGGCACACGUUCAACCUCACGUCGGCGCAGCCUCGACAAUAAGACCAGCCGCUUUUUGGGCCUGCAGCAACCAUGGGUACCGCUCCGCAAGAUCCACAAGGACUCCCGCCUCCGAUUUUUGACGCCGGCAGAGAUGGUAACGCCUGCCCUCUGGGACGUGUCGUUUCUCAACUCUGUAAUUAUGCGAUCUUCUGAACCGCGUCUGUUCAUCACGCAGCCUGAGGCCUAUCUUCAAGAUCUGCCAUCAUAUGAGAGCGGUUGGAGUUGGCAACGCCUUCGCGAAAUGAGCCGUUUCUACCCCGAUUCCCAAGCUACUCAGGAGGUCCCCGAAGCCGACGCGAAAGAGGACCACUGGACCUGGAAUGACCACCUUGACGAGACCGCGAGCGCGCCAUCUUCUCUUGGUAUACGUCAAGCUGGCCAGCGAGUGUCCGCGUCCCCUUCGCUACAUCAUAUUGCGAUUCAGUCUUCUAUGCGAUCAUCCAGUCCUAUGGUAGCUCGUGGGCAAACUCCUGUCAGGGACGGAAGGAUUACAAAGCCAUCCUACAUUCGCACUGCCUCGCUACCUCCUUCAGUUCCUGCCAACAUGUCGCCGUCGCAGAUCAAACGCCGUGUAUCAUCUUUCGGCCAGAGGGCAGCUGCUCCAGUCCGGCCGAACCCUCCCAACAUUUCGACUGCUUAUAAGCGGCGCCGCACGACUCGUUCGCCGAGCCGCCCUCUCAACACCCCUCGGUGGACUGUAUCGCCAAGCCCGAUGCCCGGUGUCAUUCCCUCUGACGAGCGGCACCCGUCCACCCGCGGCAUCACACCCCACUACUAUGCAACCCCGUAUAGCAACGCACCGCUGGGCGAGACCCGUCCGCGCGGCACGGGCAUGGUGGUGGAUGAUACUCCCGCCGACGAUGACGAAAACCUUGAUCCGGAUUACGGAAGCACCAACCCUUACGAUGACGAUGACGACAGCGACUACAGCGUCGAGGUGAUGGCCCAGGUGCCACCGGAACGUGAGGGUGACUCAUCGUUUUCGCGGCAGGUCCAUCUGCCUGAGGACGAGCCUUGGCCCGGCAUCGAGGACCAGGAACACAUGUCCGACGGGGAGAACAUUGACCCGCUCUUCUCGCCGACGGCCGAGGACGACGUUCACUCGGAAGCAAGCAGCCAGCCGUCCGAGUAUCCUAGCACCCAGCGUGGCUGGCAGGUGCCUGGCGCCGACGAUGGCGUAGGAUUUCGUAUCCACGAAGACGCCGAUCGGAUGCAGCAUGGCUGGAACUAGGGCAUUAUCUGAUGCUCACCAUAUUUCCACAUACGUUGCUAUUUGUUUUUAUUUUAACGAAGAUGACGCAGCGAGUCUGGGGAGGUUGAGGCUGUUUUUGCAAACAGUGUACGUGUUCGUGUCUGUCAUUCGGCGUUUACAAGGCGACUUUAUCUAUGGCAUGGCGUUCAGAUGGCGCUAAGGUUGUAUGCUUUUGUUUCUCUGUCAUCUGAUGAUCUAUGAGAGCUUGAUGUAGUGAGAGUCGGCGACGGAAAGGGGCUUAUCAGAUUGGUCCUUAGAUCCUCGGGUGGAAAAGAUGGGAACGAGUAAGGGGUUGCUGGACAAGUUUGCAGAGAAAAAGCACCGAUCUACCAUUGAGGAAUAUGAUUGUCGCCAUGCCUAGCGAGCUGGGAUAGCUCGCAAUCUACACUUUAUUUGUUAUUGUACAGCUAGAAUAGCAAUAACUCCCAUACUACAAUUAUAUCACAUUACACCAGAA